AAAGUUUCUGAUCAAGCUUACCUCACCCAAAUGAAAAAAGGUUUCUGACCGAGAGAGAGAGAGAGAGAAACACCAGGAGGUUGAUUCACGAGUUUCUGAAUCGCAUAGGUAAGGACGCAACGCACAGUAGAUUGUUCCAAAUGCAGCAUUGUCGUCGUUGAAGCUUAGGUCAGAAUCUAGUGGAACAUUUUCAUCGUGCGAGGCGAAGGAUGUCGAGCACACCUGCAAAAGCCAGUUGGCCACCUGCGAUCCAUAAAGCAUUUGUUGAUGUAUGCCUUCGAGAAAUGAUGAAGAUGAAUGAGCCGGGGACGCGAAUUGCCAAGGUGAAUUGGAGGAACAUUGUUGGAUCCUUUUACGCAAAGACUGGCGUGAGAUAUACCAAAAAACAAAUUAAGAAUCAUUUUGAUGCAACCAGAAAGAUGUGGAAAGUUUGGGUGGAGUUGACUGGGGAUAGUAGCAUGAAAUGGGAUCCCGAAACCAAGAAGUUUGGCGCUACUGAGGAAGAAUGGCGCAAUUAUAUUCAGGAAAAUCCAGUAGCUGCGCAAUUUCAGUCUAAGGAAAUCCAGUUUAAAGAAAAAUUGGAUAUCAUCUAUGAUGAGGGAAUACGGCUUGAGGCAAUUAAAAGUGGAACAAAACCUAAGUGGCUGAAUGAUGCUUUAGGUUCACCUCCUUUGCAUGGAAAAGAGCGAGAGAAGAAACGUAAACGUGUUGUUAAGGAAUGUGUUUCUGAUGAGGACUGGGUUGAUUCUAAGCCUUCAAAAGCCAAUUGGACACCUGAAAAUCAUAAAAUAUUUAUUGAUUCAUGCCUCGAAGAAGUAUUCAAGGGGAAUAAGUGCGGGACACAUUUUACCAAAGAGGGCUGGAGGAAUAUUGGUGAAUCCUUUUAUGCAGAGACUGGUCUGAGAUAUGACAAAACACAAAUUAAGAAUCACUUUGAUUCAACCAGAAAACAAUGGAAAGUCUGGGUUAAGUUGAUUGGUGAUGAUAGGAUGAACUGGGACCCAGAAACCAAAACAUUUGGUGCUUCUGAGGAAGAGUGGCUCAAUUAUAUAAAGGAAAUCCCAGAAGCUGCGCAAUUUCAGUUUAAGGAAAUGCCAUUGUCUAACAAGUUGGAUAUCAUCUUUGAUACAAGUGUACAAACUGGGGAAAUGGAAACUUCAUCAGGGUCAGGGCUUAAGAGACAUAAUGAUACUUCAGCUACAUCUUCUUUGAGUGGAAAAGAGCGAGAAAAGAGACAUAAGAAUGUUGGUCUGGGUUUUGACUAUAAGGGUGCCAUUUUGGUUAAUGCUACGCCAAUAAGUACAAUUGCAAGUGAUCAAAGCAUGUCUAGCUCAUCAUAUCAUAAGGUCAAAGCCUCAUGGACCCCUUUAACGCACCAGAUCUUUGUUGAUAUAUGUCUGCAAGAGACAUUAAAGGGGAAUAAGCCCGGGACACAUUUUACAAAGGAAGGUUGGAAAAAUAUCAUGGAAUCAUUUUAUUGGAAAACUGGUUUGAAUUAUGAUAGAUUACAACUUAAGAAUCACUGGGAUUCUAUGAAGGAUCAAUGGAAAAUUUGGUGUAAGCUAAUUUGCACUAGUUACAUGAAAUGGGAUCCAUCUAACCAUAUGUUUGAGGCUAGUGAUGAAGAUUGGAAAAACUAUUUGCAGGCAAACCCAGAAGCUGCCCAAUUUCGCCAUAAGGAACUGCAAUUUGCUGACAUGUUGGAAACCAUCUUCAAUGGAAUCACUCUUACAGGGGAGACUGAACCUGCUGCGCAACCAAGGAAAAGUGAUGAUAGUGUUGUCACUUUCCCUUUGCAUGCAAAAGAACCUGACACAGCCAGCUUAGAUGUGAACACUAAUUUUCUUUGUGAUGCUGUUGCAUCAAAAAGUAUUCAAAAGAAUGCUAUUGGACUUUCAUCCCCUGGAGGCAAGCGUAACUAUAGCAUUGGUGAAUGUAUUGAAUGCCUUGAUGGAAUGGAGCAACUAGAGCAAGGAAGUGACCUCUACUUGUUUGCUUUAGAUGUUUUCCUUAAGCAGGAAUACAGGGAAAUCUUUCUGCAACUGAAAACGCCUAAUCUGAGGAUCUCAUGGUUGCAGCGGCUUCAGUCUGGUGCUCAACCUUCACUCUAGGUUUCUGUCAUACUUUCACCUGUUUCUCUCUCUAAUUUCUGCGUACUUUAUAUAUUUUGGUGUUUACGCAGUGUUCGGUCCCUUGCAUGUAGUAUUACAAGAUGACCACUUUACCUGGAAGAGUACUAAUGUAUAUGCUUAAGUUAUUACAGAUUUGACUGGUUAGUGGUAGUUGAGUUCCAUUUAUGUCUCUUAUGUUAUUUUA